AUGUUCACCCCUACUCCAACUCAGGCAGACCAGCUGCCACCUUUCCAACCCAUCAACAUUCUCACCCUCAACGACCCUUCCACUGUCUGGGGUUUGAAGCACUGGUUGCGCGAGGUUCAGCUCGCCCUUGCAAACCUCAGUCUCUUGGGUGUCAUUAGCAAGGAGAUCAAGCUUCCCGCCCGCAACCACCUCUACUAUGAGAACUGGCUGAAAUGGUCCCGCUUCGUUGGUCAGUGGUUGCUGUCUGGUGUGGGGGAAACCACCGCCGGCAUCGUUCUAUCUAUGCACCCUGACCUUCAGUUCGCACACGACGUGUACGACAGUAUUCGGGACUUGCAGUUCAAGGAGGAAAACAACACCACAGCCGAGCAGUUCCGCCACCUUUUUGCCAUGGAACCAUGCCAAUUCGACAGCCUUUACGGCUACUUAUCCGCCUGGGGCGCCCAGGCCAUGGUCUGCGCCCAAUUCGAUCCGAUGUUCAACUGGUUCGCCGCCACUCACAUGAUCCUUCUUGAGGUCCAGGAGGAGGUGCCGGAGCUCUGCAACAUCAUCCACUACGAGCUCCGAACCCAGGACACAAGUUGCGAGCAGUUCCGCGGCCACCUCGCCGCCAUCCUUGACGCGCUCGAGAAGCGCACUUAG